AUGGCCGAACAGCCGGCACCGGCGGCGGCAACUGCCAACAACCGAACCUCCGGCGGGUCUCCCCGGAAAGCCCACAUCAACAAGCCCAAGCGAAACAUGUACGCCAUGCUCAUCGCCGUCAUGGCCUCCAUGACCUCCAUUCUUCUCGGAUACGAUACGGGUGUUAUGAGCGGUGCCACGCUGUACAUACAGCGGGAUCUGAAAGUGACGGACGUGCAAAUCGAGAUACUGGUGGGGACCAUCAACAUCUACUCGCUGGUGGGGUCCGCCAUGGCCGGAAAAACCUCCGAUUGGAUGGGCCGCCGGUUCACCAUCGUGGUGGCUUCCGUGGUUUUUUUCGCUGGAGCCGCCAUUAUGGGCUUUGCCAACAGCUACUGGGUUCUGAUGGCCGGCCGGUUCGUGGCCGGGUUAGGGGUCGGGUACGCGCUAAUGAUUGCGCCGGUUUACGCGGCUGAGGUGGCCCCUGCAUCGUCCCGUGGCUUUUUGACUUCUUUCCCGGAGGUCUUCAUUAAUUUUGGCGUCCUAUUGGGCUACUUGGCGAACUACGUGUUCGCCAAGUGUCCCCUGACUCUGGGAUGGCGCCUGAUGCUCGGCGUUGGAGCCAUCCCAGCCGUCUUCAUCGGUUUCGCCGUGAUCGUGAUGCCUGAGUCCCCCCGUUGGCUCGUCAUGCAGGGCCGCCUAUCGGAGGCCCGUCGGGUCCUAGAGCGCACCUCUGACUCUGCCGAUGAGGCUCGUCUUCGCCUCGCCGACAUCAUGGGGGCUGCCGGAAUCCCUGCCGAUGCCGACGACAAUUAUGUCACCUCUCAGCCAGCCGCCUCCGCCGCCGCCAACGGCGGCGGUAAGGGCGUGUGGCGCGAGCUCUUCCUCCACCCAACUCGACCCGUGCUCCACAUCACGAUUUGCGCGCUCGGUCUGCAAUUUUUCCAGCAGGCGAGCGGAAUUGAUGCCGUCGUGAUGUAUAGCCCGAGGAUCUACGAGAAGGCAGGAAUCACGAGCGACGACAAGAAGCUUCUGGCGACGAUAGCGGUCGGGAUUUGCAAGACUGUCUUCAUCCUCGUCACCACUUUCAUGGUCGAUCGAGUCGGCCGCCGUGUGCUCCUCUUGACGAGCUGCGGCGGGCUGUGCCUGUCGAUGGGAACCCUCGGAACUGGCCUAACAUUGAUCGAGCGCCGUGGAGCAGAAGGGCUCGGUUGGGUGGUGGUCGUGUGCGUGCUGAUGACGUAUACAUCGGUGGCGUUUUUCUCGAUGGGGAUGGGCCCGAUCGCGUGGGUCUACAGCUCGGAGAUUUUCCCACUGAAACUGAGGGCGCAGGGUUGCGGGGUGGGGGUGGCGCUAAACCGAGCGACGAGCGGGGUUUUGCUAAUGUCAUUUAUAUCUUUGUAUAAGGGGAUUACGAUUGGCGGGACGUUUUUCCUUUUUAGUGGGAUAGCGGCGAUUACGUGGUUGUUUUUCUUUACGUUGUUGCCGGAGACGAGGGGGAGGACGUUGGAGGAUAUGGAGGUGUUGUUCGGGACGUUUUUCCGGUGGAGGACGACGACAAGGGAGCUUAGGAAGAAGGAGGGGCAAGAGGAGGGAGGGUAUGCAUGA